CGUUCGCGACGAUCGUUCGCGUUGAUAAGGUACGCGCGUGCGUUGUGACCAGUCGAGCGAGAUCGAGAAAGAGAAGAGAAACUCGUCGUCCUUUUCUUACGCUCUUUCUAUCUCUUUCUAUAACUGUAUAUAUAUACACACACGCGCGCACACAUAUACAGAUAUUAUAUAUAUAUAUAUAUACCUUUCUCUCUGCCUAUUUCUAUCUAUCUCUCUGUUUACCUCGUUACCUUUUUUUCAAUAAACUUUUCGAAAGUUAUAAAAUUGAUCGUGAAUUUUGGAGAAAUCUGGAUCCACAGGUUGAACGAGAGAAGAGAUAUCUAAAGUUGUCUUUCAAGUUGAAAAAUAUUUAACGGGUUUUCGAGACGUCGUUAUUGCUGCUGCUGCUGCUGCUGGUAGUAGUGGUGGUUGUGGUUGUGUUGGUAGUGGUGGUGUUGUUGCUGUGUUAUUCAGGCAAAAGGGAAUUGAACUUUCUCCUUCUAUCUUUGUUGCGGUGAACGCAACGAGUCACGACUACGACGACGACGACGACGACGACAACGACGACGACGGCGACGGCGACAAGGACGACGAGGACGACGAGGACGACGAGGAGGACGACGACGACGGUGAAAAAAAAUAGGAAGAAGAUUACGGCGAGGAGAAGGGAAGAAGAGAUUAAAGACGAGAUUGAGAAUAUUUUUGUGUAAAUACGUACAUUGCAUAUACAUAUCUCAUAGUUACUGAAGGUAUUUGUUCUUAUUCGAGAAAGAGAGAGAGAGAGAGAGAGAGAGAGAGAGAGAGAGAGAGAGAGAGAGAGAGAGAGAGAAAAUAAAAAGAAAGAACAACGAAAAAAAAUAUAAGGACAAAUUUUCGUCGCGAUUGCAUUAUUCUCAGUCGACGACGACAAUAAUAAUGAUGAUGAAGAUGACAAUGAUGAUGAUGACGACGACGACGACGAUGAUGAUGUUGAUGCGAUAAUAAAAACAUACGCGAUAGUUUUCUUUCUCUUCUUAUACAAACUUUUUCUUCUUCUUCUUCUUCUUCUUCGUGAGGAAAGUGCGACGACCGUGUGGUGUUUCUUUAGUGCACGUGACAUAGGAAGAAAUCGAUAGAGAGAUCAUGAGAGUAAAUCGUGGAAUUUGCGCUAAGCUCCAAGGAGGAUUCCUCAGACGAUGGUGGGCAGCUGUGGCCUUCGGCGUCCUUCUGAUCGUUAUAGCAGCGAUUUUAGCAGCUCUUUUCCCUCAGUUGAUAAAUAUCAUCGUGAACAAGCAAAUCGCGUUGAAGGACGGUGGAAGGACUUACGGCUGGUGGAAAGCGCCGCCUGUUAUACCACGUUUACACGUAUACAUUUACAACGUCACGAAUGCCGAUGAAUUCUUGAACAACGGCGAAAAACCUGUGUUAGACGAGCUCGGACCGUACGUUUAUUCACAGCACUGGGAGAAAGUCGAGAUAAAGUUCAACGAAAAUGAUACGGUCAGCUACAAAAUUCGAAAGCAAUACGUUUUCACGCCGGAACUGUCAUCGGGUUCCGACGAUGAUCUCGUCGUCGUGCCAAAUGUUCCAAUGUUAUCAGCAACGAGUCAAUCGAAGUAUGCGGCACGUUUCCUGAGACUCGCAAUGGCGUCGAUUAUGGACAUUUUAAAGAUAAAACCUUUCGUCGAGGUGUCCGUUGAACAAUUACUUUGGGGAUACGAGGAUCCACUUUUGAAAUUAGCCAAAGACGUUGUACCGAAGGAACAAAAGUUACCUUACGAUCAAUUUGGUUUACUUUAUGGGAAGAACGGUACCCAACCGGAUUGGUAUACAAUUUUUACGGGUGAAAAUGAUGUGACGAAAUACGGUAUGAUGGAAAAAUGGAACGGUAAGGAGGCAUUGGGUCAUUGGUCGACACCAAGUUGCGAUAGUAUCAUGGGUACAGAUGGUAGUAUCUUUCCACCUCACAUAACUAAGGAUACCGUUCUUAAAAUUUUCGACAAGGACCUUUGUAGAGCCCUUCCUUUGGUAUUUCAGAAAGAAGUGACGACUUCCGGGGGAGUUCCUGGAUAUAGAUUUACGCCACCGUCGAAUGUCUUUGCCUCACCUGACAAAGUACAUUCUCAACAAUGCUUCUGUCCUGCCGGUCCACCAUGUGCACCUGAAGGAACAUUCAACGUAUCGGUCUGUCAAUACGACUCACCCGUACUUCUUAGCUUUCCACACUUUUAUAUGGCCGAUCCGGCAUUGAGAGAGGCCGUGAUAGGUGUGUCACCGGCUGAACAGGAUAAGCACGAGUUAUAUGUCGACGUGCAACCAAUGAUGGGCACGGCCCUUCGGGCUCGAGCAAGGAUGCAAAUAAACCUUGCAGUGAGCCAGGUGCGAGAUAUCAAGCAAGUCGCCUCUUUUCCCGAUAUCGUUUUUCCCAUCAUGUGGUUCGAUGAUGUAAUCGAUGAGUUACCACCAGAGAUGCGUUCGCUCUUAAAAAUGGCGGUCGAUUUGCCGCCUGUCGCUAGAGCUGCGCUUUCAGGAGGAUUGGCUGCACUUGGUGUGAUCAUUCUCAUUGGUGCUCUUUGCUGUUUGGCACGAGCUGCUAAACGACAGGAAAAACUUCACCUGAGUAAUCCUUUGCCAGCGAACACGACUAACAACAAAACUGGUCAACUAAAUCCAGCGUUUCAAACAUCGAAAUAAAAUUCUUCUUCUUAUCGAGGGAUAGACAAAAAGAGAGAGAGAGAGAGAGAGAGAAAGAAAGAGAAAGAGAGAGAGAAAGAGAGAGAGAGAGAGAGAGAGAGAGAGAGAGAGAGAGAGAGAGAGAGAGAGAGAGAAAGAGACAAAAAAUCAUCAUCGAUAUCGAAUGCAUUUAUUUCGAAUCGUCCGUCAAAACUUUCCAAUUAAUUUUUAUUCCCUUUCUGUUCGACUUAUUUUAAUUUUUUUUAUUUUCAUGAUUUUUUUCUUUUUCUUUUCUUUUCAAGCAACAUUCCCUAAUCCGAAGAAUAUUACUUUUUAUGCGUUUCCAUGAGACGGACGAUCGAUUAAUAACCCAAUCGUGAGUUGUUUGAUGAGUCCUUCCGCGUGUAUGCGGUUCGACGUUUAUUAUACUUCGACGUUAAUUAUAUUUAUUACAUUUACCUGUAGGAAAGAUCUCGAUGGAGACACUUAUUUAGCAUGGCAAAUGCGCGAGAAUAUAAAAGAAAGUAUAGAAAGAAAUAUAAGAAGAAAUAAAUGCGAUCUAUUUCGAAACGAAUGUCCUUGGAUAUAUCCAUUGAUCGAUAGGGAACAGUCGAUAUAUAAAUCGUCUGGGUUCGGAAUGUAUAGUUUAUCGUUCUUCCUCUUUUUUUUCUUCAUUUUUUUUAUUUUUUAUUUCUUUUUUUUCUUCGUUUCUUUUCCUUAUUUUCUUUUUCUCUUUCUUUUCUUUUCUUUUUUCGGACGCGGGUAAUCUCUCAGAAGGAGGACUUCCUUUUCUUAUCUUUUCUUACUUAUUGUUUUUAUCUCUAUUCUUUUCUUUUUCUCUGUUUUUCUUUUGCUCACUCCGUCGCCAUCGCCGUCGCCGUCCAGUCACUAUUAUUUCUUUUUUAUUAUAGUUUAUUCGACAAAAAAAUUUGUAGAAAGUGCCGGUGUGCUCGGAGUGAGGUAGGUGGAGGGUGAUAUACAUAUAUAUAUAUAUAUUUUUUUUUUCUAAAGAAAUUCAAGUAUAAUCUGUCAAUCCGUCCAGACGCUCUCUAAACCAGUGGUUUAACUUAGGUAUUCAAAUUUUAGAAAAGAAAAAGAGAGAUCUAUAAAAGUAAUAAAUCAUCGCUGAUAAAGAAACGAUAAGCUUUUCGUUUUUUUUCGUGAAACAACGAGUCUAGAAAAAAGCAAAGAUGUAAAAUGGAAAUUUGAAAGACGGUGUUGUUUGAUUGUAAUUAUUAUUAUGCUAUUUUAUUAUUAUUAUUAUUAUUAUUAUUAUUAUUAUUAUUAUUAUUAUGCGAUUUUAUUUUUAUUACUACUAUUAUUAUUAUUACUUUAACUAAGUCUGUACGAUGAUCUUACGUUACUCAUUUGUAUAUGUAUAUUUUAUAUCGUAAACGUGUUAAGUUUAGAAAUGAUUAGUAUUAAUAUAUGUAGGUAAGAUUAUUUUUGUACGAUAAUAAUCGUCGUAGGAUGCCAAAAAAUAUUAGGAUACGUUUUGUGCGUAACACACGAAUAACGUAUCACGGAUGAACGAAUAAUAACGAUCGUACAAAUCGACCGAAUAAAUGAAUGUAAUUAAUUAAUUAAUUAAUUAAUUAAUUAAUUAAUUCUCGGAACGAGAGGAGAGAAAAAGAAGACGUCAAUAUAAAACGAGAAGAAAAAAGGAAGAAAAAAAAGAAACGAUUAAAAGAAAUGGCGGUGUAAAAUUUAGUGGAUAUUGAUUCCCGAUCAUUCCAUGAUCGAUCGAUCAAUCGAUUGAAAACACUUGUUUAUUAAUUAUCUCUUACGGAAAAUAAUUUUUCAGAGGUUAUCCGUUUCUUUUUUUCGCUGUCCUUUUUUUUCUUUUUUCUUUAUCUUUCUCUCUCUCUCUCUCCCUCUCUUUCUCUCUUUAAGGAGCAUACGGAAAAUAUAUAAUGGUAAUUGGUUUUUAUAAUUGGAUUAUUGAAAAAUUUGCAUCGAAUUAAGAUGCAUUGAUAAGUACUAUCGAUCGUCGCUUCUUCUCGACCUUCCGUGGCUCUUUAGAAAUCAUUUUGUUAGAUAACUUUUGCCACGAGUUCGAUUUCUUUCACUCGUGACUCCUCUCCUCAGUCUCCCAAUUCCCUAAUCGUCCUAUCCUCUUCCCUCUCAUUCUUUUCCCUUCUCCCAUUUUGUUUCGCGCUCGUCGCGAGCAUCUACCGUAGUGGUAAGGUAAGUUAUAAUCGACGUACAAUUAAAAAGGGGAAGGUAAUUCUUCUUUUUAUUUUAUUUUAUUUUAUUCUAUUUUUUUUUAUUUUUAUUUUUUUUUCAUUUUUUGGUCAACGGGAAUAAAGUCGUUUCUAAAUCGUUCUA